AUGGGCAGGCGGAGGAGCGCACGUUGCGCUGCGUUGCGCCAGGUGACGGCCCGGCGCGGCGCGGCAGCCACGUGCCGACGAGUGGGCGUGGCAGAAGCCAGUCCCGCAGCAACGGGACAUGGAAUGGUGAAUGUGUUUUCCAAGAGCAAGGCCAAGCGAAUGAGCGCCGUGUUGUGUUGCAGGAACUGCCCUCCCAGCCUGCUGGCGCCCAUCACCCGCAUCGUCAUCGAUGAGAUCAAGCAGGUGGUGGAGACGCAGCCGCAGGCGCUGGGCUUCAAGAGCCAGGAGAACUACGGUGCUGCAACAGCUGAAAUACAAUUUUUUACGGAUAAUAUUAAAAUCAGUGUAGUAGCUAUAUUGCUAGAAUUGUACCAUUCCUUCUCAGAAGAUGUUGACGGUUACCGAGAAGAUCAGGAUCCAUGA